AUGGAUAGUAUUCCAUUAUUAAAAUAUGAUGCACUUUGGAUUAUAAGUAAUAUUGUAUUUGAAACCUAAUAAUAAAUAUAAAUUAUAUUAGAUAAUGAUGGAAUCAAUAUUCUAUUUCUGGGGCUUGAAUCUUAAUAUGAUGAACUUAUUGAAUUAGGAGUAUGGGCUUUAGCUAAUAUAGCUGCUGAUAAUAUUAAAUUUAGGGAUAUGUUACUUUAGAAAGGAAUAUUGUUUCACUUAAAAAGAAUAUGGAAACAGUACAAAAAGACAAAAUCUGAACUCAUCAAAACAAUAGUUUGGGCGUUAAGUAAUUUGGCCAAAGGGAAACCAACUACAAAAUUUGUAUAUUAUUAUUGAUUUAUAUAAAUAGAGUAUAAGAGGAUUAAUAUAAAUAUUGUCUGAAAUAAGAAUUAGCACCGAUGAUGAAGAACAAUUGAUAGAUAGUAGUUGGGGUUUGAGUUAUUUAGUUCAAGAUAUUUAUGAAAUAGAUAUAUAAAUAGAUAAGAGACUUAUUAAAAAAUUAACAGUAUUACUAAAUUCUACUAAACAUACUCUAAUAAUUCUAGCACUAAAGACGAUUGGAAUAUUUUAAAUGGUAAUGAUGAGUAAAAAAAUCAAGUUUUAUAAGCUGUAGUUUUGUAGUCUUUUGAAAUAUUGCUUUAACAUAAACAUAAAUCAAUAAGAAGAAUGA